AUGGAUAGUUUUUUAGUUUCUUCUUCAGCCAAGUUCGCUUUAACUACCACACCUGAAUCCGCUCAGGAUGCAUGCAUCCCUAAAAGAACACAAACACCUAUUCUUGAAUCUUAUCCAAAUACUUUAGCACAAUCUACUGCACUUUACAAUUCUGAUUCAAAUUUAUCUCUUCGUAUUACGGCUGGACCCGUUCCUCUUUCAGAAUCUCCACCUACCACGCAAAACAUUGCGGGUGAUCCACUAAAUUUGGGUCCAAUACGGAAAUCAGAGGAGGAAAUUCGACAAAGCUCCAAAAGAAUCCAAAAUUUCUAUAGAGAUCAAAAUAAAACUAUUGAUAGUUAUCUAAGCCCAAUUGAUAAUAAACAAAGCUCCAAAGAUACGUCAAACAACUUGCUAAGACUUAAAAUUGCUGUCAAUGGUUCUUUAGCAGCUAAUAUAAUUUUAUUUGGACUUCAAUUAUAUGCUGCCAUUACUUCAGGUUCACUGUCACUAUUUGCAACCAUGGCCGAUUCUUUUAUGGAUUUAUUGUCAAAUAGUAUCUUAUUAUUUGCUGGUAGAAUAGCUAAUGACAAAAAUAUUUUACAAUAUCCAACUGGCAAAUCGCGAAUGGAAACUGCUGGAAUCAUAGUAUUCUCUUCACUCAUGUGUACGGUAUCUAUAGAAUUAAUAAUAGAAGCUGUCAAAGCACUCAUUGGACGUGAACGCGAUAUAAAGAUUCAUCCGUUAGCUAUUGUCUGUAUUGGCGUUGCAUUAGUCACAAAGUUUAUACUUUUCCUCUAUUGUUUCUUUCAACGUAAAUUUCCUAUUGCACGAAUUCUUGGUCAAGAUCAUCGAAAUGAUUUAAUGAUUAAUUCUUUUGGUUUGACUAUGACAUUAUUGUCUGGAUAUAUAAAUUGGUGGAUGGAUCCUGUUGGCGCUAUUAUUAUAGCGUUAUUGAUUCUAAGGAGUUGGAUAACCACCGCAUAUGAGCAAAUUCAGUUAAUUGUUGGUAAAAGUGCAGAACCUGGAUUUUUAAACCGUGCAACUUAUAUCGCAUUAACGCAUCACCCAAAAGUUCUUCAAGUUGAUACCUGUCGGGCUUAUCAUGCUGGCAACAAUCUUUUUGUAGAAGUUGAUAUCGUUAUGGAUCGUGAAACCCCACUUUGGGAAAGUCAUGAUAUCGGUGAAAGCCUUCAAGUUAAAUUAGAAAAACUAAUAAAUGUUGAAAGAGCAUUUGUGCAUGUAGAUUACGAGACUAGUCACAAACCAGAGCAUCAUAAAGAAGAAUAA